AUGACGCCACUACACCCAAGGCUGGAUGAAGAAGUGAGGGGCAGCCUGCAGCUCAAGGUCUGGCGCAAGUCGAGUGAGCCAAAGACCUCCACCUGGCGAGAAAUCGCCAGCAGCGUCCACGAGCCUCUCCCGAGCGGUACUGAAGCCGAUCGACAGAACGGGGUGAGGUUCACCGUCGUGGAGGUGGAGCACUGCUUCCACUCGCCCAAGCAGCUCAAGUUCAUCAUCGGGCGGUGUCGUGGGGCGGGAGGCAAACGAACCACCGCGACCAACAACAACUGUGAGGCCCAGCUCGAUCUGCCUGCCCUCCUCUCCACGCGCGGCAUGCGCCUGUCCCUGCCACUCACGUACGUGACCGCGCCCGCAUGA